UUGACAUACCACUACUACUACUUGACAUACCACGUAUCAUUUUCAUUGCUACAUUGGCUUAAGAUUUUUCAUUUGUUAAUUAAGGAAAUUGCAAUUGUUUUCGAAUUUACAUAGCUCGGUGAAAUACUAUGCGAAACUACUGCUUAUCUAGAUGUGAGCAAUCAACAUAAAACGUGUGUGUGAUGUAAAAUUGUAUGGAGCUAAAGUUCACAAUAAGAAAAAAGGGAAAUUACUAUUGUCACAUACAGGGUGACCCUUAAGUGCUAGCCAGUGAAUGAAUGUUUUUUUGUUUUUGCUAUAGUUGUGACUUCUUAAAUCUAGCAUACAAGGUCAGAGUGGUUUCACUGACUGCAGGUUUAGCAUUUUAGAUUAUGAGAUGCAAACACGACGACGUUUACAUCAACAAGAUCAAACACAGGAAGAGGGCUAUUCUUUAAUUCCACAACAACAACAACAGCAGCAUAAGCACAUACAGCAGUCACCCAAUAACAGCCAUCCUAAUCCUCUGUUCGUCGUAACAGCGAACGGUGUUGGCCCCUCCGCCUCAACGCCUCUAUUGAAUUCUAAUACACAACAACAGCAAUUGCAGCAGAAUUAUUAUCAACAAUCCUCUACUUCCAUUGGAGGGCAUUUUAGUCCACAGAAUAAAGAGCUAUCAGAAGAUACAGACGACGACAAAUAUUCGAAAGCAGGUCGCCAGUGGAAUCUUCGUUCCUUGUCCUCACGCAUUCAAGCUACAUCGGGUCAAGCUUUGCGCAAUUUCAUACAGCAACCUUUGAGUGCUGCAGCUGCUGUUGUCACAGGCAACUAUCAGGAAGAAACAACUCCAAACGCAGUAGGGAUUUACGAUAAUAAUAAUUUCCCCAACAAAUCACACCCGAUACAGCAAAUCGAAGACGACUUAGAGGAGCUUUUCGAUAAGGAGAACAUUGUAGUCAUGGCUGCCAGGGAUCGUACCGGAGAGUUCAACAAUGCGAUAAGAUCGCUACAAUCGCGAAAUAUAUCCAGGGCGGUAAAUAUUCGGGAUCCAAGGAAAGCCAAGCAGGUACAAAGCUAUUCCGAAUUCAUGAUGGUAGCAAAAAUGAUUGGUAAAAACAUUGCAAGUACAUAUGCGAAACUGGAAAAAUUGACCAUGUUGGCGAAAAAAAGAACAUUGUUUGAUGAUAGACCCCAGGAAAUCCAAGAACUCACGUACAUUAUUAAGGGCGAUUUGAAUGCAUUGAAUCAGCACAUAGCACGACUACAGGAUAUUUCAAAAGACCAACGUCGUACUGUCAAUGGAAAGCAUUUGGUAUCACAUUCCUCCAAUAUGGUCUUAGCGUUGCAAUCGAAACUCGCCAGCAUGAGUACCGACUUUAAACAAAUCCUUGAGGUUCGAACAGAAAAUCUUAAACAUCAAAAAACACGCCGUGACCAAUUUGGCCAUGCUUCUAUGCCAAUCAAUACGGUGCCGCCAACAACGGCCAAACAUGGUUCUCUGUUGCUGAGUGAGGAGAACACAGAAGUUAGCAUUGAUAUGUCAUCGGCCAGCGAUACAUCUCCCCUGCUGGGGCCACCGGCACGUAUACAAUCUCAACAACAAUUGGCCAUCUAUGAUGAAUCAGACAACUAUGUGCAGCAACGAGCCGAAACUAUGCAAAACAUAGAAUCCACAAUUGUGGAAUUGGGUGGCAUAUUUCAACAAUUGGCUCAUAUGGUUAAAGAGCAGGAGGAAAUUGUCGAACGAAUUGAUACGAAUAUACAGGAUGCCGAAAUUAACAUUGAAGCUGCUCAUGGUGAAAUUCUAAAAUAUUUCCAAUCCGUUUCGAAAAAUCGUUGGCUUAUGAUAAAAAUUUUUGGCGUGUUAAUAUUUUUCUUUAUAUUCUUUAUUGUUUUUAUGACAUAAUAAAGUGUUAUAUACAUAUAUAUUAUUCUUACUAUUAUAUGGGUCAAUUAUGUACCUCAAACACAUUGAUUGAUCAUGUAUUGUCCAUAGAUAUUCCCCCCCCUCCCCCAAAUAAUAAUAAAUUCUAAGAAUAUUUUUUAUGUAAAAUCGAACCCAAGGUGGAGAAAUCGAACGAGAUGUUUUAAACAAAAUAUGUAUGUAAUUUAAUGCAAACCAAUAACGACUGUAUAUGAAAGAUCACAGCAUAAAAAAUAAAACAAAUUUGUUAAAAUUAAAA